AUGGUUAAUUUGCCUCCAAGACACGAAGAAAAGCUUGCAAUUGAAAAAUGCUUACGGUCGUUCAUAAUUAAGUCAAUACACGCCAUCGUACAAGCUCGAAAUGGAAUUGUUUGCAACACGAAUUGUGUAUCUGAAGUUGGGGCCAGGAAUAACAUGAUGGUGUAUGUGGAAGAAGAUCCUGAGAUCGGAGCAACAAUAAAGCAAACACUGGAUGCUAAUUUUCCUGUUCAUGUACAAGAUCUCCUCAGUCUAGAAAUAUUAGCUCAUUGGCCUAAAGAGCCACAAAUGUUAAUGGUUGUAGAAGUAUGGCAGUUCCGAUUAGAUAUCGUGGAAAGGCUUGAAAGUUGUAAUACUACGCCACAAUCUACUGUUAACUACAGUUCAGCGAUCAACAAUAAUACUGGUAAUACUAAUUUACCCUACACUUCGGCAUCAGAAAAUUGUGGAGACGGCUCACAGUCAACUGAAUAUGCCGUAGAUGAUUUUAGGCAUCUACGUUUAUUUGAAAAAUUGGGCACCCUGUUAAAAUCGAUCAUGGUUGUUACACGCUUACUGCCUGGUUAUCAACUUUCACGCCAUCAAGAUCCAACGGAGUAUCAAAUGUGUUAUACACUUCGUCGUGGUCCCAGUGAUCUUUCCAGACUUGGAUCAGCUCCAAAAUGUUAUCAAGUCGGUCGUAUAUUUUCUGGUUUAGCAAUACCACAGCCAUCUGACGAGAAAACGUCUCCCACUACUACAACAACAACUGAUCAAACAAAAAAGGGGCUGUGA